AUGCUGUCAGCACCUAAGCCCGGCCGCGACGGGCAUAAAGUUCACGCUGCUGCUGCACCGCCGUCGUUGCACUUCGCCAGCGGCCGCAUCCAUGGCGCCCAGCCCUGGCCGGUCCCCGCGGCGCCGGCGUCCUCCGCGUCCCGGCCCGGAACUGCGCUUGAGUGGGGAAGAGGAAGGGAGAGCGGGGAUCGGGGAUUUGUAGGGGAGGAAGAGGGAAAGGGAGAGGGACAGGACAGCGUCAGCCGCAACUACAGUGAGACCGAGAUCGUUAAACCAGUGAAACCCAAAAGGAAGAACCCAGUCGCAGCAAAAUGUAAGCAGCCCAUUGUGCCAGUGAAACCAGAAAGGCUGCCUAGUUCAACGAAACAUUCAGAAAGCAGUCCGCCGCGUCGUCGUCCCGAGCGCAAACGCAGAAAAGAUGACGAGCCGGGCUCGCCGCUCCGCAAGAUCUCCAAGCGGAAAUCCCUGCAGAAACUCUUCCGGAAAGCGUUGUACUUCUUCGAAGGACUCCGCACCUGCAACGAAAUCGCGUCCAGCCUGCCGCGUCUGCCUUCCAAAAAGGGCCGGAAAAGCCACUGGCUGGAUGACUCCUCCAAGCAGCUCACCAGCUCCUCCUCCGAAUCCGUCACCCAAAGGUCACGGGAGAGCCGGGUUCAUCCCGACCGCGGGGACUCCGUUCCCGUCGUUAAACGCGAUCAGUCCGUCACCCCGGUGCGAGAGGUCACGGCGCAUCGGUGCCCGGUGCAUUCCUGCACCUGCAGCAGCCGCCACCCGUGGGCGGGGGUGUGCGAGCCACGGCGGGGUGGAGACGCCGAGUGGGCCGGAGAGGGACGGAUCUCGAUUAUCUCCGAUGACUGGGCGUUCCCGUUGCGGACGAUGGAGACGGUGACGCAGACGAUGGCCAAAGCGUCGUUGUCGGUGCCGCUGAUGCAGGCGCACCGCGGAAUGUAUCCCUAUGUGCAUCCGACGCCGGAGCUGCCGAAACCGGGAUUGGAUUUUAAAGAGGUGACUGACGUGAAGAAUGUGACCAACGACGCAAAACGACCGGAUUUGCUGCCGCCUAAUACACCGCAGCCAAUAAGCGAUGUCGCCAUCGACGACAUGCCGCAAUCACCGCCCAACCGUACAUUAUCCAAAAGCAAAAGCUCCUCCGCCGUAACCGUGAAGACUAAGGCGCCCUCCGUACCCGCCGCUCAACCAACCACAUCCGAAUCCGAACGCACAGUCACCAAGUUAAAACCGCGACCGAACUACAGUCAAGACCUGCUUGUUGAGCGGCCGCUGCGGCGUCGCGGACGUUUCUACUUCCGCUUCCGGUUGAACAACCGCCUUCAACGGCGGUUAUCCCGGAUGUUCCGCCAAAAACACCAACAGGAACAGCACGAAAACCAGGCAAAGGUCACCGAAUUACCCGUUAAACCGGCAGCGACACCGGUGGUCACGGCGAGCGAAUCCAGUUCCGUCGUGUCGAAAUCCCUGCAGAAAAGCGCCGAGAUAAUCCCGAAUGUGGUGCCCAUAGCAAGCCCUAAUAGCGCCAUCCACCCGCUCUUCCAGAUGAACCAAGCUGUCGCCGGCACCAACACGGUGGUGGAGGAUUUCGUCACCAGUUUGACCAGCGUGCUGCAAACGUUAAAUUCCGAGUUGCACCGGUCCAACAACGAAUUAGGCCGUGCCGAUGAGAAGUUACGCGCUGUGGAAGCGGAGAACGCUGUUCUGCGGAAUAAAGUCCUUCUCGGGCAAACCGAGCCGGUGGUGAUGCCGAAAAUCUCCACGGAAUCGGGUUCGACGUUGACGCCGGGGAAGAGUUUCAGUCAGACGGAAACCAGUAAAUCGGAGACUGUCAAACCGGAUACGAAAGAAUCUAAAUCGGAGACAACUGUUUCUGUGCGAGAGAAGAAAGCAGUCAAAAGGUCACCGUCCGUUAAAGAGCGUUCGGUGGAACGGGAAAACCGGACGCAAAGAAAAAUGACCGAGAAACCGAAUAAAACGAUGGGAACGCCGCGAAGAAGCAGACAAGAGAGUUCGGCGAAAACCCGUCGACGACCAACGACCGAAUCCAGCGAUAAUUCGGUGGUUUACGGGUUGUGCCGAUCGGAAGCGGCGUACAGCGUGUUCAACCAGAAAGCCAGGCGUCCCACACGACAGGUUUACGACACCGGGCAAUUGUCAACGAUGAGCGACGAUAAUCUCGUACAGAAGAUUAAGGAGAAUCCGUACCGGCUUCCUUCAAUAAAGCUCCAAAAAAGUGCGGAGAAAAUCGCGGCAACGGAACCGUUCCCGGUCGUGGAACUUCCGGCACUCCCGGAUUUUUUUCGAGAAACCGCCUCCCGGAACGUCAGCACCGCGGAAUCGCUAAUCCAAUCCGCGCCGGUCGACUCCCGUUUUGUCUCCAGCUGUCAUUCCCUGACUUCGACCGAGAAACCGCCGACGGCCACCACGGAAUGCCAGACCGGUCCAGAGCUGCUGGCCACCGCCAUCGGGUGCCAGACCUCAUUGAGCACCGACGGAAUCCCGCGGGCGACCGUCCCGGUCACCCAUAGCUCCGACUCCGGCGUCCAGGUCGGGGAACCCUCCGUCCUACCGGACGCCGAGGUCCCCGCCGUCAAGGUCGGUGUCAACAUCUCCGACAGCACCAUCGUCGACAGCGAGACCGGGAAACAGUUCCGCAUGGCGGACGGGAACCUCUCGGACUCCGUCCACUCCGACGAGGAGACCCACCCGGGGACCGGGAAACUGAAGGUCCACAGCGAUGUCCGACGGAUGUCGGACGGGCAGCUGCAGGCCAAGUUGCACUCCAUCCAGUCCUUGACGGACGGCGCCACCGUGCACCCGUUGAAGGACUUCCUGGAGUACUUGUUCUUCCUCCUCGGACUCCGGGGUCCCUACGCCGAGGAGGACUACUUUAUCCCGGUGUGCCAUGUCGAGGACUCACACAUCUUGUGGAAUUCGUGGAAAGCGAAGCUUUUUACAAUGCCGCAGUAUAUCGGGUCGGAUGAGGAAGAGGGCCGGGUGCCGUUGGGGGAUUUCGCGUACUACACCAUCGACCGGCUCUUCCAUUUCGUCAACACGUACUGCGUGGUCCGCGGCUGGGCGUUCACCCUCGUCAACCGGGAGAGCUACGAAGCCACUGGGGAUCUAAAAGCCAUUUACGAGUUGACGCGCAAAGGCGUCAUCGAAAUUCCGGCGGACCGGCCCAAGAUCUUCACCGACGAUGAAAUCCAGAAUCGGCGGAUUAUUCGCCUGUUCCUGAUGAACAGUUUCCGGUUGGACCGAACCGGACAGCUGGACUGUAUUAAACGGCAGAAAUGUCUCUACUACAUCCACCUCUUUAAAAACGAAAUGAUCAGCAAUCCCAGCCGCGACGAGAUCCGCGUGUACCGUGACCUUUUACAACACUGCAAAGUCCCGGAAGUGGCUAGUUUCUCCAAGAAGGACCGUGUGCUGGUCGAGAUCAUCGUGCGGAAUUGGUUAUCCUAUAAACCAAUUCUCCACGUGGAGAGCGGCCUGGACCCGGACUUUCAGAAACUGCGGGCGGAGACCAAACGCUGGCUGACCCAGACGACCCUGGUCAACUUCCGCAACCGCUACGGGCAUAUCGGGGCGCUACGGAUGAUGGCGGAGAAGUAUCUGCGCGGGAUGCUGGGCACCAUGCAGCACGAGUACCGCACCUUCGUCUCCAACAUCCUGCGCAUCGAGCAGGACCCGAACACCCACCGGUGGAGGUUCCCCGAUAAGUUCCUGGAGAAUGUGGAGGACGCGGGGUUGGAGCACGCCGUGCAGAGCUACAUGGUCCCGUACCGGUUCGCCGAUAAGUUCGCCCUGCCGCACCAGGAACCGGUCCUGACGAAGAAGGAGGCCGGCCGCGAGGAGACCUUCCAUAUUGUGGAGAACCUCUACGCCCAGGCCAACCGCCCGCGGGGUGGGGUGCCGCCCAAGGUGGAUCUGCGGGCGGUGGCCAAGGCGCAGAACUACCGGGAGCAGCUGAAGAAUCCCGAUGUGCGCCGGCACCUGAUGGAAAGGGGGAAGUUGGGACAACCUCCGCGGGCAGGACCCAUGAGUCCCGUGGAGGAUCCGUCGGAGGAUGAUGAUCUGCGUUCGGAACGUACUGAACGGACGCGGAGGACCCAAAGGUCACGGAGAACUGCCCGGCUGGAAGAGGAGGACGAGGCCGUGGAGUCCCGGUCGGAUUCCAGUAUAUCGGUUAAACUGGAGAAGCGGGAGAUUGAGAUGCCCAGGACGCCGUAUGUCCCGCCACCGCCGGUGCAGCCGGUCAUGCAGAAUUCGUAUCCGCGCUCUCAUUUAGCGGCAUCUUCGCCGUUUCUCCAAACUAUGGCUUCGAUGGCCACACCGGCACCGCGUUCCAUGUACCAACCGCCGCCCAUCUUCCCCGGAGCCCAAGCGCCGCCACUCCAUUAUACACCGCGCUCGCCUCUUCCGCCGCCAUCGGUUAUCCAUCAACAGCCGAGGGCGCCAUCCAGCGUGGCCAAGAUCCCACCGGCGCCGUCUGUUUCGGGCACGCAACGCAAGCCGCCCAGCAUUGCGGGUCAUCCGUUGCCGGCCCACUUCUCCCCGAACAUCACCCGCUUCGUGGCGUCCAAACUGCACACCCCCGUCAAGACCAAAUCCCCGCCGGUACCCGGCGGCCCGGUGCCGGGUUUCUCCGGCACCGACAUGUUUGCCGCACCUCCGCGGCCCCAGCCCCCUCUCCCCGCGCUGACACGACCAUCCCCGGUGCCCGGCGGCGAUAAAAAGCGGCCGGUUCCGCAGCGACCAGCGGCCGAUGUCGAUCAGGGAUUCGUCUGGAAUAUCCCGGGACAGAGACGCUAAAACGAACCGCUUGUAGCGACUGGUUGUCACUUUAUUGUACCUGGAUCUCCUGUAGCUGCACGCUCUGAACUGUUGUGCGUCGGACACAGUAGAGCACAAGUUCAUUCAUGUUGUUGUUGGUUGAUGGGUGGGGUUUCUGUGUGCUUGUGUCCUGCUUGAUUUUGGCAUGAUGUGGGUGUUUUUGUACUGUAACAUAUUUCUUUUUGCUGGUAUCAAGUGCUUGAUUAGCCAAAACUUUGACAUUUAUAAAUAUUUAUUCCGAUUAAGCAAUGACGGUCAGUAUGGGCAACAGAUGACACCAUUAAAACAAAUU